GAAAUGAAAGCAGGAAGAGAACGUUGCCGCCUAGCUUUCUGCAGUUUAGCAUUGGCUGAGUGAAAGCUGCUGAGACAGAACAACAAUGUCAAACAAAACUUCAACUCCUCUAAACCAAGAACCUGCACCAACUCCGCAGCAAGAUGGAUAUGUGAACAGACCUAAUUUUGAGAAAGUUGGCAAGAUUAUAAUGGAAUGCAAGAGUGAAAGCUUCUGGUACAGAGCUUUGCCAUUAUCUAUUGCAAGUAUGCUUGCUACUCAAGGAUUGGUGUACAAAGGGAUUCUUUCACCUUCAAAGAGAUUUGGGUCGAUUCCUAAAGUCGCACUUGCUGGAGUUCUUGGUUUUGUGGUUGGAAAAAUCUCUUAUGUGGGAGCUUGUCGUCAAAAGUUUCAAAAUGCAGGCUUUCCCCCUUUUGGAACUGCAUUUCCUUAUGGAUUUAGAAACUUCCCUUUUGGAAGGCCCCAUCAUGGCUGUGACCAUCAUCACGACAAAGAUAGACCUCAUGGAUGCCCAAACCAUUGCAAGAAAUCUCAACAGACAACCCCACCCACAAACCCCGCUGACAUCAGUUCACAGGAUUCAUAAAGAAUUAAUACAUCGUCGUGCCUGCAACUUGGUGGAGAAAUUCUGUGGUGUAGCUCUCCUAUAUUCUAAACUAUCCUGCUUUUAGCAUUUAAAAUGUUGCAUUACUCUAAAUAAUGGGUAUAAAUAAUGUGUUGCAUGUUUUCUUCAUGGUGAUUUACAAACUACAAAUGCUAUAAAAAGUGUGAUUUGAAUUCAUUAGCUAUUUUACUUUUCCAUGUACAGUAAUCAAUGGGCUAAUUUGUAUUUCUAAUGCUCUUUACAGUUUCCCAUAAUAAACUGGGACUUUUUAUCCAUUAUCUUGUCUUUGAAGGGGGCCAGUCCUUGGUGUUCUCAUGUAUUAAUUAAGAAAUGUUGUAGUCGGAAUGCUACCUGUUUAUGUUAAUAUAUUCAUCAGUCAGGUUAAAGGUGGUUGCAAAUAUCAAACAGCUAUUGUUGGUUAAACUAUAUCAAAAUUGUCAACCCUGGGCCCUUCUUAACAAUGGCACCAAUGGUGUUUCUGUGUCUGCAAUGUCAGGGGAUUGGUUAACUCAGUUGGAUGGGGUGACCCUCAGUAUAAAAUCACCACCAGUCUUCUCUCUUUAAGGAGAGAGCAACCCUAUGAUCAUUUGGGAAUUUGGUGACUACCUAUUUGUAAUGUACACACCUGUUUAUAACAAGGAAGACAUGAUAUUUGGGAUUUCCUGUGAUGUCCAAGAUACUGCCAUCCAGCCCCAAACAAACUAUGGUAACAGCUGCAACGUGGAUAGGUAGAAGCAACACUUACCUGUUUGGAAAUUCUCAAAAUCACUUGAAAGUUACUGAAAUGAAUUUCAUUUCAAAUUUCUACCCCUCCACUACUCAGUAUUUUCAUUUCUUUGUGCAGCUGUGUUGUCUUGUUUUAAAUAAUCGAUGGUUGGAAACUGAGUAUAGUUUUUUAGACUUGUUUUAUCUCAGUAGUGCGAGGAGAGAUUUGCCUUAAUUACUGUGCUGAAGCAAAGUUCUAAAAAGCAUCAUACUCUUCCAUCCUCUCAUUCACAUUUCAGUGUUCCUGCACACACAGCAAAUAAUGUCAAAGGUUAAUGUAUUAAAUUUUCCAUCAUGCAACCAGGGAGUAAACAAUCAGUCUGGUUCUGGAUGUUGUCCCCUGUCCGAGACUGUUUUCUCCAAAGCUAUUCUUAACAUUGUCUCCUGUUUAUACAGAAGCCUAUGGACUUUCAGGUGCAUAAGCACCACUCCAGACAAAGUUGAAAUCUGCCUUCUACUUCUAGUACAGAAGGAUAAUUUAACCCUUAGAGUCUAAAAAUCUAUGCUUUUCGAACAGCUGGUGGGGAAGUGGCACCUAGGAACACUGAAGAAUGGACUGGUCCGACCAACUCCUUUCCUAAUGUAUCCGAAUGAGGACGAUCAAGUUAUGGUUAGCCCCAGCCUUCAAGCUAAACACCAUGUCAGUCAUUUUAUCAGCUGAGCCCUCUGAUGUGGAGGCGGUGUGACAAAAACCAGUCAUAAUUGGUUGGCUGAUUUAUGGAUUGACAAUGCUUUUCUUGGGCUUCAGGGUGUGGAUGUUUAUAUGAAUAUUUCCUUGUGUCUGCUGUGAAAAGCUGCCACAGUGUAAAGUUAUUGUGUGCAUCAAAGAAAAUCUUACGUCUGUACAUGAGAAUCCUAUGCUCUUUUCCAAUGAAAAGGAAACAUCAGCAACAAGGUGGAAGAUGUUUUCACAAUAAUUCAGGGAUUCAAAGCUGAACAACUGAUUUGCGUAUCACAACUAAAUCAGCAAAUUGUAGGAAGAACUUUCAUCGGUUGUGAAAUGGUAUCAGAUCACAAGCACAAAUCAUCCUGAAUUUGAUUGUAUGCUGUUCAGGUCAUCUGUGAUUCCUUCAUUCUUCAGCUGUCUUCAUUUCAUCCACUAUUUGAAGGCACAGUAGGAUAUUCAUGACUCUCAGGCUUUAACAACAACUUAGAUUCAUAUAGCUCCUUUAAUGUAGUAAAACAUCCCAAGUCUUUUCACAUGAGCAUUAACAAAAUUUAAUACUGGACAUAUUGAAGAUAACAAGAGGUGACCAAAUUCAUCUUAAGACCUUUCCUAAAUAAGUAAGAGAGAAAGGAGUGGCUCCGAGUGAAUUUCAAAGCCUAUAACACUAGCAGUGGAAAACAUGACUGCCAGUGAUGACUGAUUGAAAUUGGAGAUAUGAACAAACACAGAAAUUAGUCAGUUACUCAUCUGUUUGAGCCCACUCCAUAUUUGAGAAGAUAAUGGAGUCACAGCUAAUCUGAUUUUGACCUUAAUUCUACACUCCUUGAUAUUCCUGAUAACCUUUCACUCGUUUGCUAAUCAAGAAUCUAUCCCCCUCUGCCUUCUCUGCCUUUUGAAAAGAACUCCAAAGACUUUCAACCCUCUGAAAGAAACUUAACUCUGACUUAAGUGGAUGACCCCUAACUUAAGACAGUGACCACCAGUUUUGCAGUCUUCCAUCAAAGGAAACUUCCUUUUGAUGUUCGCCCCACAUCCCCUCAGGAUCUUGGAUGUUUCAGUCAAGUUGCUUUACACUUAUAAACUCCAGUAGACAGAAGCCUAGCCUGUCCACCUUUUCCUCACAAUACAACUUGUCCAUUCUGGGUAUUAGUCUAGUAGACCUUUCUCUGAAUUGCUUGCAAGACACUGACAUCUUCUCCUUAAUACUCUAAAUAGAAGACCAAUACCAGGCACAGUAAUUCAGAGUGGUUUCACCAAUGUCUUGUAAACUAGCAGAGUAUUUGAUUUUUUAAAAACUUGAUUACAAUCACUUGUAUAAUUAGACUUAAUGCACAAGAGACAAGAAAUGGAGAAACACAAGUAGCUUGUAACAUUCUGGGACAGGAAGAAUUUGAACACAAAAAAAUAGGACAAGGUCAUCAAAGGAAUUGAAAACAAAGUGAGAAUUGUAAAAUCAAGAUGUGGUAAGUGAACACAAAUGAUGGGAGGAUAGGAAUUAUCAUGAGUUAGGAAACCAGUAUGUUUAUGAAGGGUAGGAUUCCAAAUUAUUGCUCUAAAGCAGAGCAGCAGUGGCCAAAAAUGGCACAACAAAGGCUCUGGAUUCUGUGAUACCAAAAUACACAACUGGGAUGUGUGAAUAAUGAGCUGUUUCUCAGCUGAAAUGCUGAUCCAUAUUUCUGCAAUACUGGUCAGUAUUGGAACUGUUAUAAAUGUUGCAUACUCAUGUUCGAAAUACUUUCCUUUUGAAAAUAAUCUUUGGUUUCCUGGCCAGCUAGUAGCCUGCUUACUAUUCUUAAUCCAAAACAGAAAGUGCUGGAGAAACUCAGCAGGAUUGGCCGCAUCUAUUGAGAGACACACAAGAGUUAACAUUUCGAGUCCUGUGACCCUUCAAAAGAGCCUGAUAGGAGGGAAUCAUUGAGGGUCACUAUUGGUUUUGAUAGGGGCCUUAUUGCAUCAUGAAAAUUGAUAUAACUAAAAUGUAAAUCUGGUCUCGGGGAUAAAUUGGAGAGAUUAAAUCUUAAAUAAAAGAGAUGAGUGGGAACGUAUGGAAACUCAGAUUUGAUGACGUUGACAGGAAAUGCAAGGAACACAAGGGUCACCAAGAUUGAGAAGUUGAGUCUGAGAUUCCCCCAUGAUAUCUUCCAUCUUUAUCUGAAUUGCAAGUAUGCAAUGGAAAUGAGAAGCGACUGUCACCAAAUCUUGAAUGGGUGGAAUAGGUGUCUUUUUUCUGUCUGAGGGACCAGGAUCUACUUGUGAGUGAAGGGAGGACCUUCAAUGGGCAAUUAUCAGGCACUAAACAUUUUAUGGGCUGAAGUAAUUGUAUCUACAUCACUGAAUCCUGCAACAACAUCUAGUGCCUGCUAAACUGUCUCUACAUGGAGAAGCCGCAACAGAAACUCCCCUUCAUGAUGCAAAGAAGGUUCACCUAGCCCACAGUCUAUUGUCAUUUCCUCCAGAUGAUUAAGGGGCCUUGGCACCACACACUGAGACUGUCCCAGGUCACCACCACCAGAUGGUGUCAUCUGUUGGAAUAGUACUUGUAUCCAAAGGGGUAGGUGGCCAUCCUAUCCCAGUGGCUGUCAAAGUGACAAGUUGCACUAUUAUGCAAAAGUCUGCUUCCAUUAUUCACUGGAGACCUUUAAAGGUCAGCCACGUUAUUGGAAUAUGAUGUGGUCUGGUAGUUACUGCAUUCACCUCCUGCUCCCUUUCACUAACUUUUCCUCACUUGUGAAUCAUGCUUUUUCUGAUAUAUCUUUUACACCCUCCCCUACUUCAGAGUGGCAGUAAUUGCGUUGAUGAUGCUACUGUGGAAAUAGUUACCAGUUACAUAGCACUUACAGAACAAUGGCUUCGUAUAGAGGCUAAAAAGGUUGGAAAAAUGAGAAGAUUGCACUAAAACACUUGAAAAGGCCUGUCAAUUGUGUGCAUUGGAACAUAAAACCUCAAAUUUUACAAUUUUAAAACUUCCAGGUUUAUGUAUUUAUCCAUCUUGCGUAGAAUAACAUAUAUGAUAUCUCAAUGCUUGAAUAGUCAAUGGUGAUUUUGUGACCAUAAAAGUUAAAGUUAAGGAAAAGCAUCUGAGCUUUGGAAAGUAUCAUGGAAAGGUUUUUUGGGUGGAGGGGAGUCCAUGAAUCAACCUCUUGUACUUGUGCCAUUUUUUAAGAAUGCAGGACAUGCUGUUACAGAUGAUGUAGACUCUGGUUGGUUUUGAACAGGCUGAUUGUUUCUUUGCAUUUAAACACAAUGACUCAUUGUACUUGGUUUCUGGAAUUAAUAAUUAUAUUCAUACUAGACAAAAUUUUCCACCUGCCUUCCAGCAUGCAGGUUUGCACAGGUUUUAAAUAAUAACUUCAAAUUUUUAAUAAUAUGCCACUAUUAACAUUAGUAUGGGUUUGGUGAAGUGACAGAUUCCUGGUUUAAUGAGACACACAAAGACUUAGUGAAAGACCAUGGUUAAGAAUCAUCAUCUACUGAACUCAGGCAGUGUGCAAACAGUUUGGUUUUAGCAUUUGGGAAAUGUUUUACAGUCUGGCGUAUUUUGACUCUUGGCUUUAAGAAAUGACGUUUUAUUGUAUAAAUAAAACAGAAAUAACGUAUUAUUAUUUUAA